AUGAAUCCCGCGGAGAAUCCGAUGGAUUUUUUGAAAAAGUUGCUCGUCGCGGUGCUCGUGUGGGAACUCGUGCGGUUCGUCAUCGCGCGCAUCGCGCUCGUCGUGCUGCCGAAGCGCGAUGAUGAAGACGAAGAGACCGCGCGGGUGCGGUUCGAAGCGCCGAAGCAGUACACGGGCGCGGUGCACGCGCUGGUGCUGUUGCGCGCAGUCGUCGCGCUGGACGAAGCGGCGGAUAUGUAUUACAUUCGCGGUGCGGGGAUCGGGAUGGAUGAUGGGACGAGAGACUUGUUGGAACUCACGAAUUGGUUGUUCUUGGGGUACUUGGUGCAAGACACGACGCACAUCGUGCGGAAUUUUCCGAGGAUGGGCAAAGCGGACAUGUUGGCGCACCACUGCGUGUUCAUGGUGGCGUCUAUUUUGUCCGGUGCAUCGCAGACUAUGAUGCUGCCGUUCUGCUGGUUGUUGCUCGGUGAAGCGUCGACACCGCUGCUGACGCUUCGCUGGACGAUUCAAAGCGCGGCGUAUUCGCUCGAGAGCGAAAAGGUGGUCAAGGUGGCCAAGGCGUUUGGAUUCAAGGGCGAACGCGUGAGCUCGCCUAAAAACGCUGGAAAGCAGUUGGAGUUUUUCGCCGGUCUCAUGCUCGUUUUCACGUUUUUCCUCGCGCGAGUGGUGACGUAUAGCUUAGGUUACACCCACAUGCUUUGGGUGCGACACAAGGGCAUCAUCGACGCGGUGCCAGCGAGCGUCGCGCUGCCGCUCAACGUCCUCGUCGGCGCCGGCGCCGGUUUAAACGCGCAUUGGUUCGGCAUCAUGAUCCGCAAGGCUAUCAAAGGGCCGCCCAAGCCGAAAGAGGCGUAG